AUGCACUCAAAGCCUUAUCCGUAUGGAGAAGCUGCUUAUACGACUGUAGUAAAUCACAAAGUCCCCCACUGCAUCGAUGGCUAUUGCGCCUGUAGCGGUGAGUCCUCUAAAGAAUUCAUCAUGAUGUUAGAACAACACAAAACUCGUGACCAAAUGAUUGCUGGACGCUGCAGUGCUCUCCGAUCUCUCACGGAGAAUCACUUGUUCUGUUUUACGAUCGAUUUUAGAUGGAUGGGAAGACAAGAGCAGGCAGCUGCUGCCCGCGUCUGUUGCGCCUUAGGUCCUGAUUUACUCUGGGAAAGCUGCAGAGUACAGUGCUUUCAGAAGGAGCAGUUGCACUGCCGUCCGACCUGUCUGCCGAGGAAGUGA